UUUCAUCUUUUUUGCUUCCCGCUGGUUUCCAAUGGAAAUAUCCAAUGUGAUGCUUUUUGCGGCGGUCGUUGCAGCGUAUUGGCUAUGGUUCAAGAGGAUAUCAAGGUUUCUAAAGGGUCCACGUGUAUGGCCUGUAUUGGGCAGUCUUCCUGGUCUGAUAGAGCAGCGUGACAGGAUGCAUGAAUGGAUCACCGAGAACCUCCGUGCGUGCGGCGGCACUUACCAGACUUGUAUCUGUGCCGUGCCUUUCUUGGCGAGGAAGCAAGGUCUCGUGACUGUCACGUGUGACCCUAAGAAUCUCGAACACAUGCUCAAGACCCGGUUCGAUAACUACCCUAAAGGUCCCACGUGGCAAUCCGUCUUCCACGACCUUCUCGGUCAAGGUAUUUUCAACUCCGACGGUGACACCUGGCUCUUCCAACGCAAAACCGCCGCCCUCGAAUUCACAACAAGGACGUUGCGGCAAGCCAUGGGUCGGUGGGUAAACCAAGGAAUUAAGCUCCGGUUCUGUCCAAUUCUUGAAUCCGCUCAGGCCAAAGCCGAACCGGUUGAUCUCCAGGAUUUGAUACUACGGCUCACAUUUGAUAACAUUUGCGGAUUGGCGUUCGGUAAGGACACAAGGACCUGUGCACCAGGGCUUCCCCAUAACAGCUUUGCCUCGGCCUUCGAUCAAGCCACCGAAGCCACGCUCCAACGGUUUAUUUUGCCGGAGUUUCUGUGGAAGCUGAAGAAAUGGCUUGGGCUCGGCUUGGAAGUCAGCUUGAACCGAAGCUUGGGAGAAAUUGAUGGAUAUUUAGCAAAGGUCAUUAAUACACGGAAACAAGAAUUGAUGAGUCAGCAAGAAAGUGGGACCCAGCGACACGACGAUCUCCUCUCGCGUUUCAUGAUGAAGAAGAAAGAAUCCUACAGCGACACUUUCCUCCAACACGUGGCGCUUAAUUUCAUCCUAGCUGGACGUGACACGUCCUCAGUCGCGCUGAGCUGGUUCUUCUGGCUUAUCACGAUGCAUCCAACCGUUGAGGAUAAAAUCGUCCGCGAGAUCUGCUCCGUUCUGAUCGAGACACGUGGUACCGAUGACCUAGCGUCUUGGACGGAGGAGCCGUUAGAGUUUGACGAAAUCGACCGACUGGUUUACCUGAAGGCGGCGCUAUCGGAGACGCUCAGGCUUUACCCGUCGGUGCCGGAAGAUUCGAAGCACGUCGAGAACGACGACGUUUUGCCGGACGGGACUUUCGUUCCGGCGGGAUCUUCGGUGAGUUACUCGAUUUACGCGGCGGGGAGGAUGAAAUCAACCUGGGGAGAAGAUUGUCUGGAAUUUGUUCCGGAGAGAUGGAUCUCGCCGAUCGACGGUAAAUUUAUCAAUCACGAUCAAUAUCGAUUCGUGGCAUUCAACGCCGGACCAAGGAUUUGCCUGGGAAAAGAUCUGGCGUAUCUUCAGAUGAAAACGAUUGCGGCGGCGGUGCUGCUCCGUCACCGGCUUACGGUGGUUCCGGGACACAAAGUGGAGCAGAAGAUGUCGUUGACGCUUUUUAUGAAGAACGGACUUCUGGUUAAUCUGCAUAAGAGGGAUCUCGAAGGAAUCAUCAAGAGUCUAACCGGUGAAGAUGCGACACGGUAGCUUUAACGGCACAUGUAACGGCGUUAUUGGUGAAGACGUCGCCGUUUACUUAAAUACGGGAGUUACGGUGCCGUAAGGGCCAACCACGCCUCUGAUAUCUCUCUAUACACAUUCUUGGACAGAAAUACAAUAUGGCUUUUGUCCAAUAUGAAAUUGUAAGCAAAAUAUACUCCAAAUAUUUGUUUUCUCUCUUUUAUUUUUUUAACUUAUGGAAUUUUUUCUUUAAUUGAAACUAUUGUAAC